GUUGUGCUUGCGGCCUACUGAAAGCCAAGCGAGUGCAUUUACAAUCGUGGCCUAAACACAAUAUUCACGGAUUUAUUUUAAAAUAAUGUAAAUAUCUAUGUUUUAAAUAAGCAUGUACUAUUUUGUACAUUUAAAAUUUUAAGGAAGAGCGCCAUUUUAAGGUGGUUCUGACGUAGUUAACUAUUACGUUUAGGCCUUUUAUAGUCUGUUGUAUACGUUUGUUUAAAAAAUCUGAUCUCUGUGACUAGAAUGAGUUACUUGAUUAUAUUAAGAGACAGUUUGUCUAGUCUUACCAGUUGUAUACUGCAUCAACUAACAAACAUUAAAGUGCUGAACAAAGAUAAUUAGUCAGGAAGCGCUUCGGCCAAUCAGACGAGGCCUUACAUCCUGCUUGUGGGAGGGCAGCCAGUCACGGCCCUGCUCUGAGCAGACAGGCCUGAGCUGUGAGUGUGGAGAGGAGAGCCCUCCCUUGUCCUCCAUGUUUUAUAAGUAUUGACAUUACACUCUUUCAGCCAUGCAUCCACAAAGUUUGGCUGAGGAGGAAAUAAAGACAGAAUCGGAUGUUGUCGAAGGGAUGGAGGUCUCCAUGCCACCCAAAGUCCCUGAUCUAGGAUCAGCGGAGCAGGCACCGGCUCCUCAGAAGAGGAAAGCACCCAGUCCUCCACAUUCCUCCAAUGGACACUCUCCUUCUGACACGUCACCUAGUCCCACAAAGAAGAAGAAGAAACCUGGAUUAGUCAACACCAAUAAAGACCAAUGUGAGCUUAGACAUGGUCCCUUUUACUAUGUCAAGCAGCCCGCACUCACCACAGACCCUGUUGAUGUUGUACCGCAGGACGGGAGGAAUGAUUUCUACUGCUGGCUGUGUCACCGCGAGGGCCAGGUGCUCUGCUGUGAGCUCUGCCCACGCGUCUACCACGCCAAGUGCCUCAAACUUGCCGCCGAGCCUGAAGGCGACUGGUUCUGUCCAGAGUGUGAGAAAAUAACAGUGGCUGAAUGCAUAGAGACUCAGAGUAAAGCGAUGACCAUGCUUAACCUGGAGCAACUGUCCUACUUACUCAAGUUCGCUCUGCAGAAGAUGAAACAGCCAGGGACCGAGCCGUUUCAGAAGCCCGUGUCACUGGAACAGCACCCAGAUUAUGCCGAGUAUAUUUUUCACCCCAUGGACCUGUGCACGUUAGAGAAGAAUAUCAAAAAGAAGAUGUACGGUUGCACUGAAGCUUUUCUGGCCGAUGUGAAAUGGAUUCUGCACAACUGUAUCAUUUAUAAUGGAGGAAACCAUAAGUUAACAGCAACUGCUAAAGUUAUUGUCAAGAUCUGUGAACAUGAGAUGAAUGAAAUUGAGGUUUGUCCAGAGUGCUACCUGUCUGCCUGUCAGAAGAGAGACAACUGGUUCUGUGAACCUUGCUCUCAACCUCAUCCAUUGGUGUGGGCCAAGUUAAAAGGUUUUCCCUUCUGGCCCGCUAAAGCCCUAAGAGACAAAGAUGGUCAGGUGGAUGCGCGGUUCUUCGGCCAGCACGACAGAGCCUGGGUACCCAUAAACAACUGUUACCUUAUGUCUAAAGAGAUCCCGUUUUCUGUAAAAAAGACCAAAAGUAUCUUCAACAGCGCCAUGCAGGAAAUGGAGGUCUACGUGGAGAACGUGCGCAAGAAAUAUGCCGUGUUCAAUUACGCUCCGUUCCGGACACCGUACACACCCAACAACCAGUUUCAGAUGCUGCAGGACCCCAAUAAUCCCAAAAAAGGCCCUGUUAAACCCGAGAAAACGGACAAGGUCAAGUUUAACUUCGAUAUGACUGCAUCUCCCAAGAUGACCCCGGGUAAGGCGGUGAUGUCAGGAGGAGGGACGGGGCGUCGGAUCUCUACGACAGACAUGCCCAGAUCUCCAAUGAGCACCAACUCAUCGGUCCACACCGGGUCAGACCUGGAGCAGGACGACAGAGGGCCGAGAAUUUCUUCGAGUCACUGUAGCGCGGGUGAAGACUCGAUGGAUUACACAGCUUCUCCUGCGUCUCUAAAAACAAGCGGCAGCCCCAAACCAUCACUACCCACACCGGUUAAACAGGAAAGGACUUCGGGCACAGGGGGUAUCCUCAACCUAAACCUGGAUCGUAUUAAAGCCGAAAUGGACCUUAAGGAGCUCAGUGAGACCGUACAACAGCAACAACAGCAGCAAGCGUCUGUGCUCCUCACCUCUCCCAAAAAACCAACCAGGAGUUUGGAUAAAACCAUCGAGAGCUGCAAGGCUCAGCUUGGAAUCGAUGAGAUCUCGGAUGAUGUUUCCGGUGUUGAGCACAGCGACUCGGACGAGUCCGAUAAAUCUGACUCGAGCGACAGUGAAUACAUGUCCGACGAUGAACAGAAGCCUAAGAACGCUACCCACAGCAACAGCGUCCACAAAGACUCAAAAAAACCAUCAAGGCAUCCAACCGCUCAGGGAAAAGACCAAGACGUUGCCCCUUCAAUGCCAGCAGCGGACAAGAAAUCCUCAGAUCUCCAAACCAAAGAGAAGAUAAGUGGUGCUACAGAAAAAGAUACUCAGGAGAAGAAGCCCCCAGCGCAGACCACAAGAGCGAGUUCCCAGGCUGGACAAGAAGGAAGAAGUGCCGGCCCGGAGCUGGAUAUGGAUUCAGACUCCGAGCGUGAGCUGGUGAUAGACCUCGGUGAGGAAUCUGGAGGAAGGGAAAAGAAGAAAGCCAAGCGAGAUACUGCAGCGGCACCCGUCUCCACACCUAAAGACCAACAGACAGGUGUUAAGACUGAAGGUAAAGCCUCGGCGUCAACCAGCGUAUCCGCUUCUCCAUCUACGGAUAACACCUCAUCUUCCUCCAAUCUCGUUCCGAAAGACGCAUCCACACCUGCCAUCAAGCCACCAGCGCCGGUCACCACUGUAUCUACCACUCCAGCCACCACAACCUCAGCCGUCGCUUCAGUUCCAGCAGCCUCUAAUGUGGUAAAGAAACAGCGCCCCCUGCUGCCCAAGGAGAGCGCACAGCCGGCUCAGCGGCCUGCUGUGUGGAACCAGACCAGCGGUAAAUUCCAGACAUCUUCUCAAAAGUGGCACAUGCAAAAGGUUCAGAGGCAGCAACAGCAGGGUGGGCAGGUUCCCCAGGCGCCGGUGUCGAGCGAAUCACAGCCUCAGACACCAGACAACAGCUCAAGCACCCGUCGCCAGACCAGACAGUAUGUCAAGGCUGUUCAACAGAAAGAUGCUUCUCCUGUUAACGCUGCAUCCGGUUCCUCCACAUCCAGUUUGGCCGGAGAUUUCCUCACCCCUCCUGCCUCCGCAGAUGUGGCCGCUGACAUUGCCAAGUACACCACAAAGAUGAUGGAUGUGAUCAAGGGAACAAUGACAGAGAUUUACCAAGAUCUCUCCAAAAGCACAACUGGAAACACGAUCGCAGAGAUUCGGCGUUUGAGGAUUGAGAUUGAGAAGUUGCAGUGGCUGCAUCAGCAGGAGCUGUCGGAGAUGAAACACAAUCUGGAGCUGACCAUGGCUGAAAUGAGACAAAGUUUAGAGCAGGAGAAAGAGAGGCUGGUGUCAGAGGUAAAGAAACAGAUGGAGGUGGAGAAACAGCAGGCGGUGGAUGAGACCAAGAAGAAGCAGUGGUGUGCCAACUGCAAGAAAGAAGCAAUAUUUUACUGCUGCUGGAACACAAGUUACUGUGACUACCCCUGCCAGCAGGCCCACUGGCCCGAACACAUGAAGUCCUGUACACAGUCAGCCACAGCUUCUCAGCAAGAGACCGAAGCAGAAAGUACUUCAGACCCAGUGGGAAAACCUGUAGGACAGUCCCCUAAAACCCAACCUUCACCGGCAGGUGGCAAAACAUCACCCGCGAACCGAGGACCUUCCCCUUCAACAGACAACACUAAAGGCAGCGCUUCCGUUGCUGUGUCGUAACCACAGAGUUGCCUACAUCUACAUCUUUUUUAUCAUCUGAAUAGUGCCAUUCAAGACACCACUGGACAACAGAGCUUGACUGUGUUUUUUGUAAGUGUGGUGGUCAGGACAUGAUGUCGGCACGCUUCCUCUUCACUACAUCACACGCAACAUUAGGAGAAAUGCCUAUAAAAGUUUGAUUCAUUUCAACGUACGUUGUCAUUUCGUAUUUGAACUCGUGACUUGUAUAGUACAAAAAAGACAUGCCCUUUGAUAUAAAAUAUGCAACUGUUAUACUGUUCUUUUUUAUACGUAUCAACUUUUGUAAACUUCGGAAAACAAACAUGCGUGUUUGAUAGAUUUCUUUCUGUAAAUGUGAAAGAUGCACUUAAAAGUGCCUCUGGAAAGGUUGGUUUACUUUAUAACUAGGCAAUGACGCAUAAAGAGAGUGUUUGUACAAGGUCAAAAUAUUUUACAGAAUGUCACUGUUAGCGUUUAUGGAACGUCACUACAUUUUUUUGAAAGAUUUAAAAGAUUUAUACUCUGCAUUCCUUUCUUUCAUGAAAAGGCUUCUCGGUUAAAAAGUAAUAAACAAACAAAAAUCCAGAGGACUAAACGAAAAAGAUGAUACUUAUUGUGGGCAUGUUUCUUUUUUCAUGUCUUGUGGACUGUUGUUUACAUACUGUAAAUAAAAAAAGACUAAGCAGAGAGGAUAUCUGUAAGAAAAAUAAAGUCUUACGUAAGACAAAAA